UGCUGUCGCUGUGCCGCCUCUCUUAACUAACCUCAUUUGACGAAUGACCAAAUAUCUUGGUGUGUCUUGUUCCGUCAGGUGUUUCACCCGUGAGGAAUCAGAGGAAUUAUACUCGUAAAAAUGGCUUCGAGAGCGACGUCAAGAAGGAUUCCCGAGGUGGAACCACGUAUAGAUUACGUGCAAUGUGAUGGGCUAGUGGUGAUGAAGAUGGUUAAACAUUGCCACGAGGAAUCCUCCAGCAAUAUGGAAGUUGCACAAGGGGCCUUGCUCGGCUUAGUCGUGCAGAAUCGUUUGGAGAUCACCAAUUGCUUCCCGUUUCCCAAAAAUGAUGAGAUUAUGGACGAAGAGGAAUAUCAGCUUGCCAUGAUGCGCAGACUGAGAUGGGUGAACGUUGAUCACUUCCAUGUCGGUUGGUACCAAAGUGCGGACGUUGGCAAUUUCUUGAAUUUGUCCUUGCUGGAGUCGCAGUACCACUACCAAACUUCUAUCGAAGAGUCGGUUGUACUGAUUUAUGAUACGGCAAAAUCCGCCAGAGGUUUUCUAACGCUUAAAGCGUACCGGCUUACCCCGCAGGCGAUACAAAUGUACAAGGAGAACGAGUUUACCCCGGAGGCUCUACGUACUUUGAAAAUCGGGUACGAAAGUCUCUUCGUUGAAAUUCCAGUUAUCAUAAAAAAUAGCAACUUGACAAACAUCAUGAUGUCGGAAUUAGACGAGAUGAUCCCUGAGGAGCAGGGUACAAAGUACUUGGAUCUUGGUACAGCCACAGUACUGGAAAAUCAGUUGAGAUGUCUGAUGGAUCGAGUGGAUGAAUUGAAUCAAGAAGCUAUGAAGUUCAACAGGUAUCAACAGUUGGUGGUGCGACAGCAGCAGGAUAAAAACAGGCUCCUGGCCAAACGAGCUCAAGAGAAUGCCGCCAGAGCCGCGAAGGAUGAGCCACCGUUACCUGAUGACGACAUAAAUAAAUUGAUGAGGCCACUGCCAGUUCCACCAAGGUUGAAUCCGAUGAUCGUUGCUGGACAAAUUAACACGUACAGCGAACACAUUUCACAAUUCUGCGCACAAAGUUUAGCGAAAUUAUAUAUUACUCAGAGUCUACAAAAUGCGAAGGAAGCAAAGUCGUCUCAUUGAAAAAGUUUGUAUCUCACUGCUAUUUAUAACAGUCGAAAGAUUAAAUGAAAAAAGUGUAAGAUUUC